AUGCUGCACGGUCGUGUCGAACCGCAACUGAAGAAAAAUCACAUCGACUACGACGUCAUCAUUACCAGUGGCCCGAAUCACGCAAAAUCGGUGGUUCGAUCAAGAGAUGACCUUGGCAAGUACAAUGGUGUGAUCAUUCUAUCGGGCGACGGCCUCGUGUUCGAGGUAUUGAACGGAUUUAGUGAGCGACCGGAUUCUGUCACCAUGAUACCGUCGUUUCCUAUAGGCAUUGUACCAAGCGGAUCAGGCAACGGCCUACUUUCGUCAUUGUUCUACAGCCGA